UUGGCACGCAGAGGGGUGUUGAGACGUCAGGCUCCCGCGCCGCCUGUCUGCACUCGGGUUGGGAGCGGUGGAGGUGGCGGAUGACGGACAGCUUCUAGAAGGUGGCAGAGCCGAGAUGUGCGGCUUGGGAGGUCGAUAUUGACAUUUUCUACAGCUAGCCAUUGGAAGAGAUCUCCCCCCUUUUCCCCGGUGCCGUUGGUUGGGGUCUGGGUGUGGCGGAUCGCGGGACCGUGUGAUACAGACUGUCGGAGGCCGCCGCUACUAACGUGAUCCGGGCACCAGAGGCGGCGGGGAGCGGAGGACAGACGAGGCCUCGGGCCAGGAGCGGAUCCGUUCUUGAAGUUGGUGGCCAAGGUGUGUAGCUUUUGCACAUCAUCAAAAUGAGUGAGUUGGAGCAGUUACGGCAAGAAGCGGAGCAGCUGCGGAAUCAAAUAAGAGAUGCCAGGAAGGCAUGCAGCGACACAACUCUUGUUCAGAUCACGACCAGCUUGGACUCCGUAGGUCGGAUCCAGAUGCGAACUCGACGCACAUUGCGAGGUCAUUUAGCUAAAAUUUAUGCCAUGCACUGGGGUUCAGACUCAAGGCUAUUAGUCAGUGCAUCUCAAGAUGGAAAAUUAAUUAUCUGGGACAGCUAUACAACAAAUAAGAUGCAUGCUAUUCCUUUGCGGUCCUCAUGGGUAAUGACCUGUGCUUAUGCUCCAUCUGGAAAUUACGUAGCUUGUGGAGGCCUAGACAACAUCUGUUCCAUUUACAACCUGAAGACAAGAGAAGGCAAUGUGCGAGUGAGCAGAGAGCUGCCAGGACACACUGGUUAUCUUUCAUGCUGCCGUUUUCUAGAUGACAACCAAAUUGUUACGAGUUCUGGAGAUACAACUUGUGCACUGUGGGAUAUAGAAACUGGGCAGCAGACCACAACCUUCACCGGACAUACUGGAGAUGUGAUGAGCUUGUCUCUGAGCCCCGACAUGAGGACUUUUGUCUCUGGCGCUUGUGAUGCUUCUUCUAAGCUGUGGGACAUCCGCGAUGGAAUGUGCAGGCAGUCAUUUACUGGACACGUGUCCGAUAUUAAUGCAGUCUGUUUUUUCCCCAAUGGGCACGCCUUUGCUACCGGCUCAGAUGAUGCAACAUGUAGGCUGUUUGACCUGCGUGCAGACCAGGAGUUGAUGAUGUAUUCGCAUGACAACAUCAUUUGCGGUAUCACAUCGGUAGCAUUUUCUAAAAGUGGUCGUUUGUUACUAGCGGGAUAUGACGACUUCAACUGCAACGUAUGGGACACUUUGAAGGGUGAAAGAGCAGGAGUCCUUGCUGGUCAUGAUAACCGAGUGAGCUGUUUAGGUGUAACCGACGAUGGCAUGGCUGUAGCUACAGGGUCUUGGGACAGUUUUCUCAGAAUCUGGAAUUAACUUGGGCAAAGAUAGCUGAUCUUGUUAAUUCUCCACCGAGAUCUGGAGAGGUCAAUGCUGCAGCCUAUAGCUGUGAAAUAACAUUUCUACCUUGUAUUUGCAGGUGAAGUUUUUCUAUUCACUGAUUAUUAUUACACAAAAAAGGCUUUCUUUAAACUAGUAAAAAAAAAAAAAUCAAGUUGAGGUCAUAAAGGGUUCAAAGGGGGUAAAGAGCACUGGUGACUAUUUCAAAGGGGCUAGCACACAGGAUCAUGGUGACUGAGAGCCUAGGAGCCAGUCUUUAUUUUGUGGCUUGGUUAAGUUGUUUUAACCCUUUUGCUGCUAGAAAUGUCAGUUUUGCAUUGUAGACCUUUACAGCAGCCACACGGUUAAAGGAUUUCUGCUUUGUGCUCAAAGUCUGCUGAGUCUGUACCUAUUAUAAUUUUUUUUUUUUUUUUUUUAUUAUUAUUAUUAUUUUUGUACAUACCUGAAUGUACACACUAUAGCAGCCGAUCAUGUAAUGUUUGUAUGUAAAAACAAAACAAAAACUACAGAAAAAAAAGAAAUAUUGCCUUUUUUAUUUAAAAAAAAUACGAAUUGUAGCUUUUUUUUUUUUUUUUGAACGCCACAAUAGUUUAGUGAUAAAUAUACUUGAUUGUUGUGUUUUUUUUUUAUUCUUUGAACUUGCUGUGGAUGAGCUGAAUCAUUUCUGUGUUUGUAUCCAUAGAGUUGUAGUGUAUCUUCACAUUUAGACAGGCCAGUUUUGUAUAUCCGCUAACACACUAUUCCCUCACCUUUUCCUUCAUACGGCAUAAUGCUCAUGAUUUUCUGUACUGAUCCCAUUGUGCAGUACAUAUGCAGGAAACGUGUAACCCACUAGUCCAAUUCCUAACUCGAAUGCACUAAAUGUAAAUUGCUAAAAUCCCCAUCUACCUGCACUGAAAAAAGACUUGAACUAUUUUUCUUUUUUUUUUCUUUUGGGUCUUUUUUUCAAAGCAACUCAUACAUUUUAGUGAUUUAUUUUUUCACCUCCUCAUGUGACCACCAUGGAUGAACAAAUCGGUUUACGCCUCCUAUUAGCCAUUUUAUGGAAAAAUGUUAUGCCCCAUGAAUCUUAAUUUCUAAUGUCAGAUUGUCAUGGCUUAAUAGAAGCUGGCCAGAGAUUUUAUUAGAACUACUGCAUUUCUGCACCAUUGCAUAGUACUAUGCAAUAGAAGCACACAUGUCGAUAUUCUGUCACACUUUUGGAUAUUGGAGUGUUUGUUGCAGUGUAGUGCAGUAGGAUUUUUAGACUUGUAGGAAUAUGAGGACUUUUAAAUCUGAAUUGAUGUGGCCAAGUUGAAGUGCACUUUUUCAGUAAGAAUAAAGUUCAUCGCUUAGCUGUAAUGGGCCUCGUAUUGUUAGUGGAAAUAGAAUAACAUAAGUUAUAAUGGCACUUCCGAGGAUCGCUGCCCGCCCAGCAGCAAAGGAUUAUGCCAGGAAAGUGGGCUGGUCUUAUUCGCCUUGCUGGGAAGCUUCUAUUAGAGAUUGUAUUCCAGCUUUUGCACCUAGACUGUUUAUAAACUCUUGUACCCUCUAAUGACAUUUUAGACCUGUCUUCUCCACAUACAAGCAUUAUAAGCUUGUUUCUACUCUGUACACAUCCAUGUUUGCACCGGUUUAGGACAACUCAUUGAUUCUUCUAUUGAUAAUCCUCAGGAUAAAGCAUUCCAAGUGGAGAUGGGAUGCAGGCCAAGCACAGGUGCCAAAUGAUCUGCUUCUGUAUCCAGCUGCCAUAGAGGUUUAACCUCAACUAGGUGAUACCCAUUAACAGCUGCUGCUGAUCUUUACCCUAUUCUAAUGAAUGUGGGUGACCUUGGUUUGACCAUGUGACCAUUUAUCAUAUUGUGCAUAUAUGUCUGGUAAUCCAUUCAUAAACAUGGUAUUCUUGCAUAAACACAUUCAUCCAUUGUUUAGUUUGAACAGCCAGCGUGGGGCUUUGUGGCAGACAUGCAGGUAACUUUGAUAUUUCUGGUCAGGCAGACAUGCACCUUUUUUUUCUUUUUUAUUAAAAUACUCAUGUCACAAGCAUGCAUUUCAUUCCUGUAAAGCAGAAUGGAGAGUUGUGGUCGGACAUCAAUGGAACUGGCUUGGAUUAGGCAAAAAAUAUUCCCUGAGAUCUGUACAAUGGCGUUUGUUACAUCAUUGUCUGGGUUUGUGCUAUUGUCAGAAUAAUACAUAGCCAUUAAAGUUUAUCAUAUACUUUACUUGGUGUUGUACAACCAACUAUUACGUUGCCGGUUGCUUACUUGCGAAAGACCAUAAUGUUAAAGUUCACUAUUGUUGUUAGGUGGCCAUUUCUGCUUACAUUCCACAAGUAAUUCACUUUUAUAAGCUCUGUGUUUGAGGAGGCUUCACCUUGGCCCCCUCCUGGUAAUGUGCCAACGGUAUAUGCUUUAGGGCUCUUGUUCACAUUCCCCAGCUUCCGUCCCCGCUAGCAUGUCAAGAGGAAAGGUUCAGAAGGAAGGUACAAAGAGCAUUAACCUGUAAAUAUGGGUACAGUGGUCUGACGGAGAGCUGGUUGUCUAGUAUCCUUAUAUCUUCUGAUAAUGAAGUUUAGCCUUUUCCGGAAAUGAAGGUCUAAGGCUCGGUUCGCAGCACUGGAAUGCAAUUUUGUUCAGUGAUUUUCACUGCAAUUAUGUAGUGCGACUUUGAUGUGACUUGGCUGCAAUUUAGAAUAUUCUAUGGGGCCAAGUCGUGCUGUAAACCACACCAAAGUAGCACAGGAACCUUUUCCAAAAUCGCACUGUGCUGAGUCACGUUGAUGAGAACUGGCACCAUUGAAUAUAAUGUGAUUUCCCUUGUCAUGCGGUUCUGAGCAACUUGAGUCGCAUCAGAAAUUGCACCAGUGUGAACCAGCACAAAGAGCCAAAACUACUGUAAAAUAGGUACAGUGUUUUUAUUUGAAAGAGGAUCUAGGUAUGUAGCUUGUUGGAAAUAAACUAUAUAAAAACAUUGACUUGUAUUGGGUUUAUUUAGCAAAGAGCUGUGAAGGGCAGGGGUGAUGUUUGUAACAAAUCACAGCAAUGGAAAAGUGAUCACUGAAUGCUGCUGUGAGGUUACAAUUCUUUGCACAUCAUCAUUUCUAUUUAUGCCUCACUAAUUAAUAAGCACAUUGGUUAAAAAGCCCUUAGUUGUCAAUAGGUGGGAAGAAGAGGAAAAUGUCGCUUUUAGUGCCAAAACAGCUUGCCCUGUGCACCCAGUGCAUGGUCAGAGCGGAGGACACUUUGAGGGCGGCAGAACCACCAGUAUUGUGAAGGCGUCCUGUGGCAUCAAUGUUAAUUUGUCUGUACCUCAGUGGUGUCUCUUGUUUUUUAAUGAAGGUUUUUUUUUUUUUU